AGUCAGCGCCAGACCCUUGAUUCUCGAGGUGAUUUUCUUUUCUUUGCCAUCCUUUCUCUCUCCUAGUCACCACUUCAUACACAUUGAGACACUCUUCCCGCAACACAUCACCAACACCACCUCGCAAUGACAAACGACAUCUCCACCGGCGCUGCGAGCGCCCCCGCUACCACCACCACCGACGCCAAGCCGACGUCGACCUUUGCCCUCAAGGCUGGGCUCGCGCAGAUGCUCAAGGGCGGCGUCAUCAUGGACGUGAUCAACCCAGAGCAGGCCCGCAUCGCAGAGGACGCCGGUGCGUGCGCGGUCAUGGCCCUCGAGCGGGUGCCGGCCGACAUCCGAGCCCAGGGCGGCGUGGCGCGCAUGUCGGACCCCAACAUCAUCAAGGACAUCCAGGCGGCGGUGACGAUCCCCGUCAUGGCCAAGGCGCGCAUCGGACACGACGUCGAGUGUCAGAUCCUCGAGGCCCUGGGCGUGGACUACAUUGACGAGAGCGAGGUGCUCACACCGGCCGACGACGAGAGCCACGUGGAGAAGAGCGUCUUCUCAGUGCCCUUUGUGUGCGGCUGCCGCGACCUGGGCGAGGCCCUCCGCCGCAUCGCCGAGGGCGCGGCCAUGAUCCGGACAAAGGGCGAGGCCGGCACGGGCGACGUCGUCGAGGCGGUGCGCCACAUCAAGACGGUCAACAGGCAGAUUGCCCAGGCCAAGGCCGCACUGGCCGAGGGCGGCGUCGUCCGCGUCCGCGAGUUGGCGCGCAAGCUCGAGGUCGACGCCGAGCUACUGCGCCAGACGGCCGAGCUGGGUCGUCUGCCCGUGGUCAACUUUGCGGCCGGUGGUGUGGCGACGCCCGCCGACGCGGCGUUUAUGAUGCAGCUCGGCUGCGACGGCGUCUUUGUCGGCAGCGGCAUCUUCAAGAGCGGCGACCCGGCCAAGAGGGCCAAGGCGAUUGUGCAGGCUGUCACGCACUACAAGGACGCCAAGGUGCUGGCGGAGUGCAGCACGGGGCUGGGUGAGGCCAUGGUCGGCAUCAACUGCGAUGGUUUGCGGGGCGAGGAGAAGCUGGCGAGGCGGGGAUGGUAAGGGCUGACAGGUUCAUGAAUUGAAAAGGCGUUUAAGCAUUUACACAAGGAGUAAGAAGAGUUGAACAACAGACAUAUUAGUAAAUUCACAUGGAUUUGGCAAAAAAGACGUGACCCAAGACGCUGCACCUGAUGGCUCAUCCAAGCAAAAAGUCUGUUCCUGGAGGGGGUCGAACCCUCGACCUUGACAUAUAACCAAGAAAAAUGCUUGACCUAUAAGAGUCACGCGGUAACCACUCCGCUACAGGAACAGCAACUAACCUCACCCAAUAUUAGUCUUAUCAGCCCUACUGCCACGCACGAUGCCUAUCGGCUGCCGUGAGGAAGCUUCCUGUUUGUUGCACGGCAUAAUUGACCAUGGUCACAAGGCCCUAAAAUUCACUG